CCAUGGGUGCUAUAAAUGUAUGCAUGCAUACGUAUACGGAUGUGAAAUUGAAUGAAGUUACACGAAACGCAUACACAUUCAUACACUACAGCCAUUUGGUGAAGGCUGUGACUCAAAUGUCCGGAUAGUUCUCUUUGGUGUGCACUGGACUUUUUUUCAAUAAGUUACCCCGUCCCCCGCCUUCCUGCUGCUGAAUCCUCGAUGCCAGAUAAUGGUUAACACUUAACAAUCUCAUAAUGCUAUCAACCACGCUAGUUGGAGUAUAAUAAGGACAAUAAGUGUCAAAACGAAAACAGUGUGCUGUUAGUCGUCGAAUGCUUUAAAUCCAUAUUUCAUCGAGCUCUUAAGCAAUUCAAUGUUUCACUAGUGGUUAAGGAAAUCAAGUUGUACGAAAGUGAACUGUGUUUCCGUUUUUUUUUUCUUUUCCAAUUCUAGUCUUCACCAUUUGACACUUUCCCCGCGAAGGAUCGCACACAAAUUGGGACACGAGAAUCGGUAUAAGUUUCUUUCCCUAGUGAUAAAUUACAAAAAGUGAUAUAUCAAUAGUGCAGUGAUUAACUGGAUUUUAUCCAUUUUAUCCGAAAGGAGUACGCGGGCAUGGUAUACCUGAGGGCUGCUUGGGGUAUGGGAGAAGCUGAAACGCAGUGCCAUAGCACUACUUCACCAAUUACGUCCACUUUCCUCCGCGAUCAUGACGAGGAAGUCGCUUUGCAUCCACUUAACAAUCAGGUCGGUGGUCAUACACGAUUACUGCUUCUCAACCAGAAUACUAUUUGCAAGCCACUGAACUGCAGAGAAUUAGACUUCUACAGAAACAUUCCACAAGAUAUUCAAAUGUUUGUCCCAAAAUUUAAAGGUGUAAUGCAGGGAUCCAGUAGCAGCGAAGUAAAACUUGACAAGCGUUACAGUCCUAGUUUCAGAGAUCAAGAAGCAAGACCUGGAAAGGGCUCAACAAAAAGGAAGAGAGAUGAUGUUUUAAGAAUGAGAAUUCAUCGUAAAAACAGCUCGGUAGACGUUUUAAAGUCAGGAACACAUUUAGAUUCUGCAUCAAACAAGCAAUAUUUUUUAUUACUGGAAAAUAUAACGUCUCAGUAUUCUCACCCAUGCAUCUUAGAUUUAAAAAUGGGGACCAGACAGCAUGGAGAUGAUGCAUCUGCUGAGAAACGUAGCAAGCAGAUCGCUAAAUGUGCUGCUAGCACUUCCGCUUCGUUAGGAGUCAGACUUUGUGGAAUGCAGGUUUACCAAGCAGACAGUGAUCAUUACGUAAAGCGUGAUAAAUAUUGGGGAAGAGAACUAAACGAAGAAGGUUUUAAAGCUGCAUUGUACAGAUUUUUUCACAAUGGAUUUUGCUUACGUACGUUAGUUAUCGAAAGGGUAAUAGCUCGAUUAGACCAAUUGCGUCGUGCUAUUGAAAGGCAAAGCAGUUACCGAUUUUACUCCUGCUCACUCUUAAUAGUGUACGAGGGAUAUCAAAUCGAGGAUUACUCGGGUAGGCAUACACCACCAACGCUUCGAGUAGAAGAUGAAUCCAACGACGUGAGUUAUGUCGAGGCACAUGGUUCAGAUACCUGCUAUCAUGCGGACACAAGUAACAACUCAGCAGAUUUUAAUCUAUCUUCUUCGCAUGAGGAAGUAAGUGAAGCUACUUUUCACAGAGGAUUCGGUGAAGCUGCAGCAAGAGGGGCCAAAACUUCCACGGGAUUCUACCCCAUCAGCGAGGAAACUGUAUUCAUGGAUCCUCCGUCCAAUUUGCUAAAUACCGUCGUCCAAACAACCACCUGUCCGUACGAAAAUUGGUUGACGUACAGCAGUAGCAGCAGCAAUAGCAGUAGUGGGGAUGAAUAUUGCUGCGGGCAGCAUACCGUUGUUCAUUCGGAAGACACGAGUUCGGACCUGGAAAUCGGAGGGGAAUGUUCCGUUAAACGCAAUAAGCACAGGCAUCAUCAGCCGUUGUACAAAAACGAAGAAGAUCUCGAGGAGGAGUUGGAACACAGUAGUAUCUCGAAAAGACUGAGAGUGAAGAGUGAGCAGAAAUUGAACGACGUACAUCAUCCAAUGGUUGACGUGCGAAUGAUUGAUUUUGCUCACACCACGUUUGGUCACACUGCUGGCUUAGCGACAGCUUCAAAUUCCAAUUCGACGGUCCAUCAAGGCCCCGAUUGCGGAUUCCUAACUGGACUAGACAGCUUGAAACGAUUACUUCUAGAGAUAUUAACUGAAGGUUAAACUUUCCUCAGAAAACGUUGGAAUGAUCCAAGACUAUAUAGAAGAGAAAUCUGAAACUCAGUGAUGCAAUGGUCGGUGUGUAUAUAUGAAUGUGAAACGGAAGUGAACGAAAUAUCGUGAAAUAAAUAUAGCUAAAUUUUUCUAGA